CUUUUUAGGAGUUUUGGAUCCCCAUCACCCAGUCCAUGGUCGUAUGACACAACGAAGACUGGUCGAUGAUCCCCAGCGUACUCGUCACUUUUAAAAUCUCCUCGGCAAAUGUCCUUGAAAAUCGUUGCCAAGAAGGUAGUUGCGGGUAUUCCCAAUGCUGCGUUUGUUGGCGUUGGUGGCUAUUUCAUAUACUUUGGCGCGACUGCCCAGCGCGACCAAUGGACUGUCGCCUUUACCGACACCUUCCUCCCAACCGCCGCCACUUUCUUGAUCCUCGCGGGGGUGCUGCUCAUACCUCUGGGCCUUGUCGGUGUGGCGGCUGCGUCGUAUCCUCAACUGAAGAAGGUUCAAAUCACUCGUUAUGGUAUCAUGGGAAUCAUCGUCGCCUUUGCGGCCACUUUGGGCUGGACAUUAUACGCCGACGCGGAUUCCAUGCGGAAUGACCUCAACGCCCGCGUGUUCAUGAGCUCAACGCCAUCGCUUCCAUCUCGAGCCACGGGCUUAGCCGACUUUGUCUGCCAUGCGGAGCUACGCUACGCCUGCAACGAAGCCCUCGCUUGGGUUUCUGUGAACCGCCUAGUUCCGCUCAACGAAGAGCACUAUGUCUGGGGGGUUGGUCCUCGAAAGUACACUAAUGCUACCCUUGACGUGCUGCUGCGACCAGUGAAUGGCACCGUUGGCUUUCGAGCCAUGUGCCGCAACGUCUCGAGUCAAGUGCGAGCGUUCGGGCCAGCUGUGGCCCUGGCUGAGCAGUACAAAACUGCCUGCGCCGUGUGCGCCCAAACACCAGAAGACCAGCCCGCCAACCUCCCGUCGUGGCUGUGUGAUGGCUUCUCGAACAAAUGGUGUGAUAUAAGCUUGUCUGCCGAAGGCGUACAAAGCUGCAGCCAACGACUUGUCCCUAACAAUGCACAGGAUGGUCGGAUGAUGGCCUUCCCCAACGCCGCCCAAAGUGCCCUGUACUCUGGCCAACAAGAUUGCCUGGGGCUUGCGAUUACAAGCUCCAUCCUCUUUGUCAUGUCCGUGUACAUGACGUACAAGGCGCGUCAACAAGCUUGGAUGGCUACCGACGACUACAUUACCAAAGCAUGAGUAAAGCAGAGACGAAAUAACAAGCCAAGAUAUAUCCUAUGAAAAAAUAGUUUUGACCUUUUAACGUUACCCAAAUUUGGACUCUUUCAUAAAAUUCCAUC